AUGGCCACCGAACAAAGCCUCGAGUCUAUAUUUCCCGCCUUGCGACUGGGGUUCGAAGGACACUCAAAAGAGCCCAAAGAAAAUGAGAUUGGCGACAAGAUUGCAUGCGGCAGAAAAUGCACGUCAAAGACCCUCUAUGGAAGCUGGGAUAACGAAGAAGAUGACUUCAUCUGGUCGGAAGAGUAUCCGGACAAUAUCGCAGAGGCGGCGGAAAAUGAAGAGACAAUGCAGUGCGCUAUACUUGUCAGAAAAAAGAAAAGUACGGAUCCAAGAAGAUCUCUGGAGAUCCACAGCAUAGUGAUUCAGAGCCCGUUGAUCAAAGAGGUGCUCAGCGAAGUCUUUGCGGGAUAUCCUGAUUGCAACCUUGAGCUGGAGCGAACGGAGAUCGACGCUCCAUUUGGUCCGUUUGUCCACCGAUGGGACGGUUUUACAUCUGCUCUCGAAGAUGAGAAGUUGGGCGAGGAAACUCGACAGCAUUUGCAACUAUUGAACGACGCCAUUGCUCCUGAGGUGACGGACAUCAUCAAUAAGGUCAAAGACUACAAGAAGAACAAUGUCGUUGACUUCAAGUACCUCUGGGCCAUUUUCGAACCAGGGUGCACUGUCUUUACUAUAGAACAUGGUCAUCAAAUGGCAGCGUGCUUCGAGACGUCGACCUACAUUGAGACUCAAAACGGAAAACAGCUACUUCUAUGGUGCAAAGCAAUCAACUGGGAAAAGUCCGACUUUGGCUGGGAGAGCAAGAGACUUACGAUCAAGGAGUUCAAGAGCACCAUUCCCAUAUCAUCACUACCCGUCUUUCCCUUGAAGAACCACAAAGGGCACGCAAUUAUCGAGCAGAAUCUCAUCCAAAGAGGCAAGCUAUUUGAGAGUCUCUGCGGACUGCAGUACAGAGAUUACGAUGGGCAAGCUGUUCAAGUUGUACAACUUCAAAACAGUUUCGAAGUUCGGGAGAAGGCCGUCAGGGUACAAGAACGCAUUGUCAUUGACGCUGAGGCGUAUGACAGGUUCAAUCCCCACGACCAGACAUUCACUCAUCCGAUCUUGGAUGACAAGGAAAAAAAUGUGGAGUCGUCUCGCUUUGGACAUGCGGAGUACACCGUGAUCCCGAUAGAUUUCGUCAAGAAGGGAGAGUCCAAGAAGACUCUCACCGACUACGAACAGCUCCUAUGCGUGCCGUUCGUCCGCGGCUACGCUCUCAAGACCAAACGAUGGCUUCGACUCAGUGUCUCCUCCGUGAAGGAGAUCGAGUUGAACGAAGGCGCCUUCAGCAGCUUAGUGCUGCCAGAAAAUUACAAGAAACUCCUACGCGCCUUCAUGGAAAGUCAGCUCCAGUUCAAAAACGACUUCGACGAUUUCGUGGCGGGAAAGGGGAAAGGGAUCGUCAUCUUGCUUUCUGGUAGCCCGGGAACAGGCAAAACCCUCACUGUAGAGAGCGUUGCCGAAGUCCUCAAGGCGCCACUGUACAGUCUCAGUGCUGGAGAUCUUGGGACCGACAGCGGCAGCGUUCAGGAACGUCUAGAUGAUGCUCUCCAGCUCGCCGCUGAUUGGAAUGCGGUGCUACUGAUCGACGAAUGCGAUGUGUUCCUCGAGGCCCGGAGCAGUGAUAAUCUAGACCGCAACGAGCUCGUCAGCAUAUUCCUCAGAACGAUAGAGUACUACGAGGGGAUAAUGUUCCUGACUACCAACCGCCUGGAAUCGAUCGACCCUGCCUUUCACUCAAGAGUACACCUAAGUCUCGAGUAUCCUGGUCUCGAGCAAUCAUCUCGAAAGGAGAUCUGGUCGGGAUUCUUGGACAAGAUUGGAAAGGGGGAUCAGAGGCAUGCAUUGAGCGAAGAAGAUAUCGGAAAGCUUGCGUCGCUGGACUUAAAUGGUCGCCAGAUUAAAAACAUUCUGAAGACGUCCAAUCUACUGGCUUGUUCGGAGAAGACAAGGCUUAGAUUUGACCAUGUGAAGACUGUACUUGAAGUAUGGCGUUACAAGGUCCAAUGA